UUGAGCAGCUUUUCCCUGCUCGUUCCCAUCGGGCUCUCUCUCUCUCUCUCCCGGGCUAAUUGCUCAGGAAAUCCGCGCUGCUCAUUGUCGGGCUGUCCUUAAGCUGCUAAUUCCGAGCUGGGAGAGGCUCUGGAAGGGAAUCCAUGGAUAGAGCCCCGCGAGAGGGACCCAGCGGAGACCCGGGGCGGGGCGGGCUAAUAACACAUCCCUGCCCAAUGGAAAGCGUUUCCUAUGGAGACCCCCAGGAGUUCCCCCUGCCCGCAGACAUUGGGGCCAUUCUUGCGUCCCGUUUUCCCAAGGCACGAUGGCAGCAGCGCUCGGCAGCCGCGGUCAGCUCGGAACAAAGGCCGGGCAGCGCCGAGCUGGAGGAUGAGCGGCUGAACUUCCACCGAGUCGGGUUUUUUUUUUUUGGGAUUUUUUUUUUUUUUUUCCCGCGUGGGAAUAGCCAGGCUGGUGUGGCAGGGACACAAAGGAUCGCUGCGGGCUGUCAGGGAGCCGUGGGGAUGGUGGCGGUCCCGGAUGAAAGGAUCCAUGAGGGAGAUGUGGUAGGAGGGAGUCCAGCCACCCCCCUGGAAUGUGCUCCUUCGGGAAGGGACGAGCUCCCUGCCUCGUUUUAUGGAUGUCACUGAAGUAGACUUUGAAGGCCUUUGGAAGCCCAUCCCAGACUUGGCAUGGGAAACCACAGCAACAACCAUACCUGCCUGACAGACGAUUCCUUCAAGUACAACCUGUACGGAGCCGUGUACAGCGUGGUGUUCAUCCUGGGCUUGAUCACAAACUGCGCCUCCCUCUUCGUGUUCCUCUUCCGCAUGCGGAUGCGGAGCGAGACGGCCAUUUUCAUGACCAACCUGGCGGUUUCAGACUUGCUUUUCGUGUUCACUCUGCCCUUCAAGAUCUUCUACAACUUCAACAGGCACUGGCCCUUCGGGGACACGCUGUGCAAGAUCUCGGGCACGGCGUUCCUCACCAACAUCUACGGCAGCAUGCUGUUCCUGACGUGCAUCAGCGUGGAUCGCUUCCUGGCCAUCGUCUACCCCUUCCGCUCGCGCACCAUCCGCACCCGCCGGAACUCGGCCGUCGUCUGCGCCGGCGUCUGGAUCCUGGUGCUCAGCGGGGGCAUCUCGGCCUCGCUCUUCUCCACCACCAACGUGUCCAACACCAGCACCACCUGCUUCGAAGGGUUCUCCAAAAGGAUCUGGAAAACCUACCUGUCCAAGAUCACCAUAUUUAUUGAGGUGGUGGGGUUCAUCAUCCCUCUGCUGCUCAACCUCACGUGCUCCUCGCUGGUUCUCCGGACUUUGCGGAAGCCGGCCACGCUGUCCCAGAUUGGGACGAACAAGGAGAAGGUGCUGAAGAUGAUCAUCGUGCACGUGGCCAUUUUCGUGGUGUGCUUUGUCCCCUACAACUCCAUCCUGUUCCUGUACGCGCUCGUGCGCUCCCAGGCCAUCGCCAACUGCUCCCUGGAGAGGUUUGCCAGGACCAUGUAUCCCAUCACGUUGUGCAUCGCCACCCUCAACUGCUGCUUCGACCCCUUCAUCUACUACUUCACCUCUGAGUCCUUCCAGAAGUCCUUCAACAUCAAAACCCAGAUCAAAAUGGAUUCUCUCUUCAAGACAGAGGUGCCGCUCACCAAGACGGCGCUGCCGGCACCGCAGGACGAGAUCAGCGACCAGGCCAUCACCAACGGAGGAGAUCCCACCUCUGAAUCCCAUUUCUAGGGAGCUGUUUACACAGGAGUUACCCCCAUGAACUCCUGAUUAGCACCACGUGGCAAAGAGCAGCUCCAGGAAACGGGGGCUCCCGCGUGGGGUUAAUGAAGAAAAGCUGCUGGGGGACGACAGAUCCUCGCACCGGGAUGGUCCCAAAGUACAAAAUCCCCAUGGAUCCUCCUUUGGAGAUUGUGGAUAGGCUGCAACACAUGCAUCAGCUCAGGAGGGAACAGAACAGCUUCUUUAACCAGAAGAUGCCAACAUUUGGCAUCUUUGCCCCUCAGCAGUUGACAUGGGACCAGCUGGGAAAUAGAAAAUUUCAUUUUCUUAGAGAAUCCUGCCGAUAUUUCUGCAUUCUGGAGGUGCAUCCUCAUCCUCAUAUGUUAACUCAGUAACUUCCCACAAUAUGUAUGUUUGCUUACAAAGGCAUAAUAAAAGCUUGUGGCUUUUCCUUACUCCACUGCCAGAGUGUAGAGCCUGGUUUUCCUAGAGACUGGAAUUUAUGGAGAGGUUUGAAGUGUAAAUAAUCGUUUAGCAAUUAGGCAAAGGAGUUGCUUGGUGACAGAAAAGAUAAUAAGAAAAAAAAAGAUAAUUAUUACUACAGUUUUGAAACAUGACGUUUCAUUUUUAUCAGAUUAAGCUGUCAUUUAAUUUAUUUGAUUAUUUUUAAUGCCACAUCUGGGGAGGAGUAAAGAGCUCAUUAAUGAUCUGUUGCACCUGGGCUUUUAUAUCCCAGGGGCUUUUAUGACUAUUUCUAGGAAGGGCUGGACUGUAAAGUCAGCUGGAGAAGGGCCUGAACCCCCAAAGUUCUUCCAAGGGCAAAGCUCCCAUGUGAAGCUGAGGCAGCUGAAGGCCCAGGAAUGCUGAUCCCACUGAAAUAUGGACCAGUGGUGUCAGAGCACCCAAUCAAGGGAUGAUCUCUGGUUGCUUAAUGGGUUUUUAGAGCCUCAAAGUAACUCAAAAACCAGUUUGCUGCACUCUUUUCUUAGCUGGUUACAGCAAUGUUGUCUUGUUUUCCAAUUAAUUUAUUUCCUUUUCUUCUAGAGAUUACAGAAAUAUAUGGAAAAUUAA